AUGGAGACUGGACACCCUCCAGGACAUCUUUGCUUUGAAGAGCUCCCCAUGUACUCACACCUACAUACACGAUCACGGACUACUCGGUCUUCCCGGAGGCUUGAUCCGGAGGGACAGUCCUCGGACAAUAGCUCUGAAGUCAGCGAGAUGAAUGGCACAAAAGAGGAUGUUCGACCGCGCACACGUCUGGCCAUGUCUCGGAUGGAGGAGAAAAUGGAGUUGCAAGAACUGAAUGACCGCUUAGCGCAAUACAUCGAUUUCAUUCACCAGAAUAUGUUUUCCCCCGGUGUUUCCGGCGAACUUGAUUUUCUGGCUGAUUCAGUCAAGGACAAACUGAGCGACCUGACUGGAGUCUACACAAGUGAACUGGAUGCGCUUCGGCGAAAUCUUGAUAAAGUCGCUCUCCAGUUGGCUAAAAGCCAGGUGCAGUUGAAGACGGCGUCUUCGGCUCGAGAUGAGGCAUUGCGAGAUUUAAAUGCGGCUAGAGCACGAGAGGAAGAGAAAUCCAAGGAGCUCUUGGCUCUAGCUGCGCAACUGGCCCGGGUGGAACGUGAGCUGGAAAAUUCUCACCACAUCGAAGACGAGCACGAGAACCUUCUCAAACAACACAAAAUCCUCAAAACUCAACUGGAGCAAGAAACCGUUCAACGGACGGACCUACAAAAUCGCUUGAUGACCGCGACGGAACAGUUGGACUUCAAAGACAAGUUACUGAAAGAAGAACGAGCCGCGUUUACCGCUGAGAACAUUCAGAUACAACUGAAAACGGUGGUCCAAGAAGCUCAGAAAUACCGGGAAAAACUGCGGAGCAAAUUGGACGAAUUACGUAAAGAAAUGGGAAAUCAGAUGAAGGACACGUUGGACAAAUUGGAAAAAAAUAUGGAGGUCCAACUGAAAGCUGAAAAACAGCGAACCAGGGCAGCAGAACGAAAUGCAGAAUCCAUCAAGGUUGAACGUGAUCGAACAUCUACUCUGCUGACCUCACGUUCGGACGAGCUAGCUCGUUGUCGCACCGAGCUGGGAGAGGCCCAACGUACUGUGGACCAGUUGAAUUCAACAAUGAGUGAAAUGGAGAAGAAACAUCAGGAAGCACUUGACCGACACCGAAGUGAGUUGGAUCGAAUCCUAUCACUGCUGGACGAGAAGAUCCGUGAAUCAGCCGAGUUGGCCGGGAUCAAGGUGCAACUUGAUGCCGAGUUGGCCACUUAUCGAUCGCUACUGGAGGCUGAAGAAUCACGAUGCCAUUUGUCUCCUCCCGAUCAACGCCUGACUGCAAAGCCACUGAUUAAACGAGGCGUCAAAAGGACCGUUACGGAGAUCGAUACUAACGUCGAUUUGGACGCUUUGGAUUUGCGCUCCUCCCUUAGUUCGUCCACUGCGGCUGAACGAAGGUCAAAGUAUUUCGGACGAAGGGCGUCGGGAACCUCGAUCCGUAUCACGUGUUCCUCCGACGGUCCAGUGCAUUUUGCAAGUGCCGAUCCAUCCGAUGGUCUUGUGCGGAUAUUCAACGCAAGUGACGACGUCGUUCCUAUGGGCGAUUGGCGGCUACAGUUUGGACCGACACUGCCGGGUGCAACAGAUCAUACUGUCCUCUACACGUUCCCCGAGUCGCAGCAAUUGAAACCACAUUCGGAACUGCAGUUGCAUUUAUGCUCGUCAGCGGGUGACCAGGUAGAUCACAUUCCUGUGCAAAAGCGACGCCGCCUACCUCCUGCCAAGCUGUACUUGAUCACAGACGCACCCAUCUGGCAACCGUACAACUCGGCGCUUUCACUGCUGGAUUCCGAUGGUUCGGUUCGUGCAGUCUGCGAGAUCAAACCGGCCGGUGUGAUCCACCCGGCUGCAUCGGCUGGUUCCGUUUUAGGUGGCAAUCAGUCGAACAUCUACUCGUUCCGAAUCACUUGCGAGGCGAAUGGUGAUGUGCACUUUGAGGCUGUGGAGUCCGGCGAAGGUAUCUUGCUCAUCCGAAAUGCCGGUACAAAGACUGUUCCACUGGAUGGCUGGUACUUGACGUUUAAGACGGAAAAUCACUCGGUGAAUGUCCCCUUGGCACCACAACAUACGGAGAUAAAAGCAGCGCAGGAAAUUCGGGUGUGCCUACCUUCUGCAAAUGGCAGUGUUCCUGCCAAGCGUUCUACAGACCAAAACCAUAUAGACAUACUGACGGACGCUCCGGUCACUGAACAGUACAAUUCUACCUUCACCUUAUAUGAUGCAGAUCACAAGGUCCGCGCGGUUGGAAAAUGCGAGCAGCUGGAUGAUGGGGACUCGGUCAUUCGAUUUCCCACUGUGAUUCUGGAGAAAUCGAACUCAUCAGUCGCGACCUCGUGGAAGCAUGAAAGCCGAACGACCACUAAGAGCUCUGCCGGACAUGCGUCCUCAUUGGCAGAUAGAUACGGAAACUUUCUGCUCGCAACUCCGCGCCCUCGGUCUAGCGUUUGCCUUUUGUCUCCCACCGACCUCAUUUGUGUGCCUGAUGAGUAUGCGGUCGCUGGCUGUGCGGCUUUCGAAUCUCCUCUAUCCUCGCCCGCCACCAUACCGGUUAUCCUUGUAUCCAACGAUGCUUUCUUUGUUCGCUCCCCCCUCUUUCUCAUUGUUUGUCCGUAUCUUGGUGCACUACUGCGAUAUUUUUCUCUGCUUCACUUAUUUUUCAUGCAUUGUAGGGGGUUGCACGAGGGCUGGGAUACUGCCAGGUUGCCCAAGCCUAGACAGGGGAAUCUACCUAGCACGGACUAUCUGUUCGAUAUGGCGAUUGACAACCCGAUAGUAACCUGUAACACCUUUUCGGUGCCUAGCUCCUGUGUCAUCCGAAGGAAGCACGAGAGCUGGGAUACUGCCAGGUUGCCCAAGCCUAGACAGGGGAAGUCGAGUGGCAGAGGUCGGGUUCGAACUACGGACCAUCCGCCAUCUCGCUCUUUGACAACCCGAUACAGGAAAUCUAGGCUUGUCCUCUGGAAAUACUACUCUGUCAUGACGUUGACUUCCCAGUGCACUGUGGUGAACGUCACCGAUCAUGAAACUGAAGAGGAGUGGGACUCAGAAGCGCGUUCAGAUCUUUUCCGAUCAGCUGUGACACCCCUUCGGUGCCUAGCUGCCAUGCUACCCGAAGGAAGCAUGCGUUCUGAGCUACUUCCAGGUUGCCCAGUCCUAGUUGAUAGCUAUCGAAGUGCCGUGAUUGGGUUCGAACCACGAACUUUCCGGUCAGGAUGUUCGCGCCUGAAGCACUCAGCUGGUAUUCUGUCCAAGCGGGCGAGAUGGUCCAAGUGGUUAGAGCGCGAAUUUAUUGACCGGAAGGUCCGUGGUUUGAACCGGACCUCUGCCUCUCGAAUUCCCCUGUCUAGGUAUGGGCAACCUGGGAGUAUCCUAGCCCUUGCGCGUUCAGAUCUUUUCCGAUCAGCUGUGACACCCCUUCGGUGCCUAGCUGCCAUGCUACCCGAAGGAAGCAUGCGUUCUGAGCUACUUCCAGGUUGCCCAGUCCUAGUUGAUAGCUAUCGAAGUGCCGUGAUUGGGUUCGAACCACGAACUUUCCGGUCAGGAUGUUCGCGCCUGAAGCACUCAGCUGGUAUUCUGUCCAAGCGGGCGAGAUGGUCCAAGUGGUUAGAGCGCGAAUUUAUUGACCGGAAGGUCCGUGGUUUGAACCGGACCUCUGCCUCUCGAAUUCCCCUGUCUAGGUAUGGGCAACCUGGGAGUAUCCUAGCCCUUGAAACUACUCACAAGGUUGCUGAAAACUGUUCGACAGCCCACCCUUCUUGGGGCUCAUCAGGUAGGCGCGGUCCCCGAGUUUCCGUCAACCUUAUGUUCUACCUGAACCCAAAUUGA